AUUAACCCAAGGUCUUUAAUGCGACCUCAAAACAUUGAGGUGAUGAAUCUCUCGUCUUGUUAAGUUGAAAGUCACCAAAAUGCAAUUGGACUGAAGAAUUUCAAGCGACGCGUCUCUCCUCUCUCUCUGUCUAGCAAUGGCGGCCACGGUGACAUCUCAGUCCUCUCUAUCAAAACCCGCUCUCUCUUUCAAAACCCUGCAAACCCCUCGUCCUACCUCCAUUGCCGUGCCCUCAUCUUCCCUCUCACGACUGCGAUUUGGUGUGAAAUUGGGAAAUGGGUUUGCCGCAAAAGCUUCAAUGGCCGACUCCGAACAGAACUCGAAGCCCCCCGUUGCCGAAAAGAGGGUCAAGAAUCCCAUCAUUGUCAUAGACAAUUAUGAUAGCUUUACCUACAAUCUCUGCCAGUAUAUGGGAGAGUUGGGAUGUCUCUUUGAAGUCUAUCGGAACGAUGAACUAAGUGUUGAUGAACUAAAAAGGAAAAAUCCCAGAGGAGUGCUAAUCUCUCCUGGGCCAGGCACCCCUCAAGAUUCUGGAAUAUCAUUGCAAACUGUGUUGGAGCUAGGGCCCAUUGUACCCUUAUUCGGUGUAUGUAUGGGUUUGCAGUGCAUCGGGGAGGCUUUUGGAGGGAAAAUUGUUCGUUCUCCUUUUGGCGUCAUGCAUGGGAAGAGCUCUCCUGUAUAUUAUAACGAGGAGGAAGAUAGCUUGUUUUCAGGAUUAUCAAACCCUUUCACUGCUGGCAGAUAUCACAGUCUUGUAAUCGAUAAGGACAGUUUCCCAGGUGAAGAACUGGAAAUUACAGCAUGGACAGAGGAUGGACUGAUAAUGGCUGCUCGUCACAAGAAAUAUAAGCAUCUUCAAGGGGUUCAGUUUCAUCCUGAAAGUAUCAUAACUUCUCAAGGCAAGACAAUCGUGCGUAACUUUAUUAAAUCGAUAGAGAAAAAAGAGUCUGAAUCUGAGAAUUAGAGGUUUGGUUGAUCUGCAGAUUCUGCACAAUGUAAUGUAGCAUGGUGAUAAGACCCACAUGUAUUAUGAGUCAAGUUUGUUAUCAAUGCACUUUCUUUUA